AGAAGAAGAAAAGUCACAAAAGGCAUAUUUUGAUGAAUUAAGCCAAAAAUUCCAGAACCGAAGGAUCAAGAGGGUUCCGGAAUCAUCUGUYUGCCGCCAUUCUUUUGCAUAAAUUGAUCUUGCUGUUUCUGCAAAUUGAUUCUUAGAAUUUGUGAGUUUCUUAAUUCACUGGAAAACAAUUCGAGCAUCUUGGUUAGUUAGGGCUUGCUUCAAUUAGUGGCGGCUAUGGCGAAAGAAGGUCCCAACUGGGAUGGGUUGCUCAAAUGGAGUCUCGCUCACUCCGACGGGACUCAGCCUAAUCGUAAUCUGAGUGAUGAGGACCGGAGAUGGUUUAUGGAAGCAAUGCAAGCCCAGAGUGUUGAUGUUAUCAAACGCAUGAAAGAGAUAACUCAAGUGAUGCAGACUCCAGAGCAAGUCUUGGAAUCUCAAGGAGUUAAUCCAACAGAUAUUGAAGAUAUGCUUGACGAGCUUCAAGAGCAUGUUGAGUCGAUUGACAUGGCCAAUGAUCUUCACUCCAUUGGUGGGCUGCUUCCCCUUCUUGGAUACCUUAAGAAUUCCCAUGCAAAUAUUCGAGCCAAAGCUGCAGAAGUCGUGACCACUAUUGUACAGAACAAUCCACGUAGUCAACAACUGGUGAUGGAAUUGAAUGGUUUAGAGUCUCUUCUCUUGAAUUUUACUUCAGACUCUGAUGUUACUGCACGAACCAAAGCCCUUGGUGCUAUAUCCUCUUUAAUCCGUCACAACAAACCUGGUAUUGCUGCAUUUCGUCUUGCAAAUGGUUAUGCGGGCCUGAGAGAUGCUCUAGGCUCUGAGAAUGUGAGAUUUCAAAGGAAAGCCCUUAACUUGAUCCAUUACCUACUGCACGAAAAUAAUUCAGAUUGUCACAUAGUGAAUGAGCUUGGAUUUCCUCGAAUUAUGCUACACCUUGCAUCCAGCGAUGAUGCUGAUGUACGGGAAGCUGCUCUUCAUGGCCUUCUCGAAUUGGCCAAGGACAAAACAGGCGAGAAUGGUGGAGGAUUAGGCGAAGAUGAUGAGAAGUUAAGACAGAUUCUCRAGGAGCGGAUAAAUGGAAUCAGUUUACUCUCAUCUGAAGAUCUUGGGGCAGCUAGGGAAGAAAGGCAGCUUGUUGAUUCACUCUGGAACGCCUGCUACAAAGAGCCAUCAUCCCUCCGUGAAAAGGGGCUUCUUGUUCUUCCUGGGGAGGAUGCACCGCCUCCCGAUGUUGCUAGUAAGCAUUUCGAACCUCCUCUAAGAGCUUGGUCAGGAAGGCCCCCGGCUGAUACAAGUCCUAAAGCUGAAAAGAAAGAAACUCCUUUAUUGCUGGGAUUAGGCCCUGCACCAGCUCCUGCACCUGAGGCUAGAGAUGUUACUUCCAGUUCUGCAGCAAAUACCAACGGAAAAGCGGAUUCGAAUUCAUAACUUAGGCUGUAUAUUUACUAAUUUCUACGCCUCUUUAAUGAUCUAGCCAUUUAUUUUCCUCUGUGACUACAAUGUUGCCAUGGUUGAACUUACACAACAACCAAGGCUAUAGAUGUCAAAAACAUCAAACAGGUAGCAGCCUCACCACUCCUUCCUUUAUAGUCUAUGGUUGUAUUGUAAUCGACUGCCAUUUUUGGGAUGUUUAUCACCAAUUUCAUUUACAAUAGAAUUCUAUUUUUGUGAUUCGUCGUUGGAUUUAAAGUGAAAGGAUCAAGAAAUGUGGAACUUAAAUUUUCUUC